CCGAUCUGGGACUUUGUAAUGUGUUAUCCUGGUGUUAUUUGCAUUAGUUAUUCAAGGUGUGAGUGGUAACUUCAUUCCUGACCGCUGCAUAAAGUGAAACCGCGACGGGCGACGUUCUCUAGGUGAAACGUGCGUAAUGAUGGCCUUCUCUAUUCUUCAUAGCCUCCUAAGUAAAGGAGGCAGUGGUGCAAUGGACGGCAUUUUGACAGCGACUAGUGCAUCGGCGGAUGUGAAAUCGAGUGCUGAAGACUUAAUUGGCGAAAAUCAUUAUGCGAAUGAAGUUGCGGUAGACGUGAUUCUUACUGUUGAUCACGGACAUUAUGCGAACGAUGUUACGACGGACGUGAAGCCGAACAUUGACCAUGGGCAUUAUGCGAAUGAAUUUACGUCGGACGUGAAGCCGAGUGUUGAUCACAAACAUUAUGCGAAGGAAGUUACGGUGGACUUGAAGCCGUUAGUUGAUCACGGACAUUAUUCGAAUGAAGUUAUGACAUUGGUGGACAACAAGCCGAGUGUUGAUCAUGGGCUCCAUGGGAAUGAAGUUACGGAGGACGUGGAUCCAUCUGUUGAUCACGGACACUAUGCCAAUGAAGUAAUUACUGCGGACUUGAAGCCGAUUGUUGAUCACAGGCAUUAUUCGAAUGGAGUUACGGCAUUGUGGGACGAGAAGCCGAGGGUGGAUGAUCGGCAUGAUGCGAAUGCAAUUACUCUCUGUGAAGGUUCCUUGUCUGGGGCAUUCCGUGACCAGUACCAUUUGCUCGUCUCUGUAGAAGAUGAUGUGCAUUCCUGCCGGCAGUGUGCCUAUACGACCAAGAUUAAGAGAAACAUGAAAGAACACCUUCGCCGACACACAAUGGAGCAUCGCUUCCAGUGUCACCUGUGCCCUGCUGCUUUCACUGCGAAUAUCCGCCUCACAGAGCACAUUCGCACCCAUACCGGAGAGCGUCCUUUCUCUUGCACCCACUGCAAUGCAUCCUUUUCACGGAAAAACGGCCUCAAGGAACACUUGCGCACCCACACAGGAGAGCGUCCUUUCUCCUGUCUCUACUGCAAUGCAUCGUUUUCACAAAAGUCUCACCUCAAGGAACACGUACGCACCCACACUGGAGAGCGCCCGUUUUCCUGUGACCAAUGUGGUGCAGCCUUUUUGAAGAGAGACACCCUCGUGAAGCACAUGCGCACCCACACCGGCGAACGCCCCUUUUCCUGUGGCCACUGUGAUGCGUCUUUUUCCCAAAAAGGCAUCCUCAAGCUACACAUGCGCACCCACACGGGAGAGCGCCCUUACUCGUGUGUUCACUGCAAUGCAUCCUUUACACUGAAAUCCUACCUCACAGUACACUUACGUACCCACACAGGAGAGUGUCCGUAUUCCUGCAUCUACUGCAAUGAAUCCUUUUCACAGAAAAUCGCCCUCAGUCGCCAUAUCUCAAGACGUCAUUCAAAUGAAGCUUAGAAGGGCAGGGGUGCCAGUGUUUCUAAUGUGGAGGUUACAUCACUGAUUUGUUGUACUAAAAGGUGAUCUUUUACAAAAACCUUUACUGACGUGUGCCGCCAAUAUGCGACAUUCCAGAAAACUCUGAGCAAG